AUGCGCCAGACGCAAAUCUUCUCGGGUCUGUCGCACCCGACUCUGGUCGAGGGCAUCUGCGACCGAUUGGGCCAGCGCCCAGGCAAGGCCGAGCUGCGCAAGUUCAGCAACGGAGAGACCAGCGUGCAGAUCCAGUCCUCUGUCCGCGACCAGGAUGUCUUCAUUGUCCAGAGCGGCAGCUCCAAGAUCAAUGACAAUGUCAUGGAGCUGCUGAUCAUGAUCUCGGCCUGCAAAGGCGGCUCGGCCAAGUCCAUCACUGCUGUCAUGCCCUACUUCCCCUACUCGCGCCAGAGCAAGAAGAAGUCGCACCGUGGUGCCAUCACCGCCCGCAUGAUCGCAAACCUUCUGCACGUUGCAGGCGUCAACCAUGUCAUCACCAUCGACCUUCACGCUUCUCAGAUGCAGGGGUUUUUCAAGUGCCCUGUCGACAACCUCGUCGCCGAGCCGCUGCUUGCCCGCUGGAUCCGCAACAAUGUGCCCUGUUGGAAGGAUACCGUCGUUGUCUCUAAGAACCCCGGCGGUACCAAGCGCGUCACCAGCUUGGCCGAUGCGUUGAAGCUCAGCUUUGGUAUCGUCACCACCGACAGGAGACGUCCGGGUCGUGGAGAGGGCCUGAGCCUGCAGGGCAGCGCCAUAUUUGAGAGACUCGGCUUGGAUGGCACAUAUGAGACGCAGGGCCUGAUUGAGGAAGAGUUUGACGCAGAGGCCAACAUUGCUCCCACCGACACCAUCAAGGUCUCGUCUAAUGAAGACGAUGUCGAUGACGCUGCCGAAGAUGCUGAGGAUGAAGCUGAGGAGCCGGCGAAGGGACGUGGCAGGGCCACCUCUGCUGCUCGCAGACUCAAUGGCAGCGCUGUCAAUGCUGUGCCUUCAAGCCCGCUGGCAAAGUCAACCAGGGCUGAGUCCUUCGUUUCUGAAGAUGGCCUUGACUCUCCCAGGAAACGUCUUAUGCGGACUGCUACAGCUCCGAGCGCAUCUCACUCUCCCUCUGACCCUCUUGCUGAUGAGUACACUGACGAGCGCGCUCGGGACGUCAUCCAUGGCCGUCUAGUUCACGGCCAUAUUGUGGACGACGAUCAUCCUUCUCCUGCCAUGUCGGCUGUUUCUUUCAAGAACAGGCCUCAGCGCAGUAAUUCGGAUGACGAUGAGCCUCCGGAGCACAUGCUCAACUCGAUGAUGUCUACCUGUUCGGUCGAGGAGCCUGAGCUGGCACAGCCUAUGGGUGGUACCCAUGAUGCCGGUGACACCUCUGAAGCUGAAGAAGACGAUCUCAAGAACCCCGAGCUCGAGACUACGGUCACGCUUGUUGGCAACGUGCGGGAUCGCCCCGUUUGCAUUGUCGACGACAUGAUUGACAAGUCCGGGUCGUGGAUCGCAGCUGCAGAGACGGUAGUGAAGCGUGGCGGUGCUACUAAGGUGUACUGCAUGGCUACACACGGCCUCUUUGGCGGUGACUGUCUGGAAGAGAUGGAAGAGUGCGAGUGCAUCGAGCGUAUCGUCGUCACCAACUCGUUCCCCAUUCCCGAAGAGAAGAGGGCCCGCUGCAGCAAACUAACCAUCAUCCCCGUCGAGAGUCUGCUUGCUGAGGCUAUUCGCCGGAACCACCACGGUGAGAGCAUGUCACAGCUUUUCUUGCACGGAUGGUAG